CCGGGGCACGCCGCAGGCGCCGCGCGGCGAUGUGGGGCCGCGGCGGCGCCGAGCCCUGACUAAAGAUGGCCGCGCUGCCCGGUGGGAACAUGGCGGGGGGCGGCCGGGGGGCGCGGGUGAUGGUGCUGCUGCUGCUGCUCGGCGGCUGCCUGGGCCGGCGGCCCCCGGGCGCCGCCGCCGCCGCACCGCCUGCCGCUGCCGCCGUCGUCCCCCCGCCCUCGGCGGCGGCGGAGGAGACGGUGAUCAUCGGCCUGCGGCUGGAGGACACGGACGACGUCUCCUUCAUGGAGGGGGGCGCGCUGCGGGUGAGCGAGCGGACGCGGGUGAAGCUGCGGGUCUACGGGCAGAACAUCAACAACGAGACCUGGUCGCGCAUCGCCUUCACGGAGCACGAGCGGCGGCGGGGCGGGCGGGCGGCGGCGGGGGCGGCGGGGCGCGGCGGCGGCAGCGGGGGCGGCGGCGGCGGCGGGGCGGGCGGCGGCGCCCCGCAGCGCUGCGGCAUCCGCACCUCGGACAUCAUCAUCCUGCCGCACAUCGUGCUCAACCGCCGCACCUCCGGCAUCAUCGAGAUCGAGAUCAAGCCCCUGCGCAAGACGGAGAAGAGCAAGUCCUACUACCUGUGCACCUCCGUCUCGGCCCCCGCCGCCGCCGCCCUGGGGCCCGGGGCCGCCGGAGGGCUGGCGGGUGCCGAGGGGCCGGCCGGGCCCCCGCCCUGGGGAGAGACCACCUGGAUCUACCACGACGGCGAGGACACCAAGAUGAUCGUGGGCGAGGAGAAGAAGUUCCUGCUGCCUUUCUGGCUGCAGGUCAUCUUCAUCUCGCUCCUCCUCUGCCUCUCGGGCAUGUUCAGCGGCCUCAACCUGGGCCUCAUGGCCCUGGACCCCAUGGAGCUGCGCAUCGUGCAGAACUGCGGCACAGACAAAGAGAAGAACUACGCCAAGCGCAUCGAGCCCGUGCGCCGCCAGGGCAACUACCUGCUCUGCUCCCUCCUGCUGGGCAACGUCCUUGUCAACACCACGCUUACCAUCCUGCUGGACGACAUCGCCGGCUCCGGGCUGGUGGCCGUGGUGGUCUCCACCAUCGGUAUCGUCAUCUUCGGCGAGAUCGUGCCGCAGGCCAUUUGCUCUCGGCACGGUCUGGCCGUGGGCGCCAACACCAUCUUCCUCACCAAGUUUUUCAUGAUGAUGACCUUCCCGGCCUCCUACCCUGUCAGCAAGUUGCUGGACUGUGUCCUGGGUCAGGAGAUCGGCACGGUCUAUAACCGUGAGAAGUUGCUGGAGAUGCUGCGGGUCACCGACCCUUAUAACGAUCUAGUCAAGGAGGAGCUCAACAUUAUCCAAGGAGCCCUGGAGCUGCGCACCAAGACUGUGGAGGACGUGAUGACUCCCCUCCGAGACUGCUUUAUGAUCGCCGCCGAGGCAGUGCUCGACUUCAACACUAUGUCCGAGAUCAUGGAGAGUGGUUAUACCCGCAUCCCCGUUUUCGAGGGUGACCGCUCCAACAUCGUGGACCUGCUCUUCGUUAAGGACCUGGCUUUCGUGGACCCCGAUGACUGCACUCCCCUCAAGACCAUCACCCGCUUCUACAACCAUCCACUUCACUUUGUCUUCAACGACACCAAGCUUGAUGCCAUGCUGGAGGAGUUCAAGAAAGGCAAGUCUCACCUGGCUAUAGUACAAAGAGUAAACAAUGAAGGAGAAGGGGAUCCUUUUUAUGAAGUCCUGGGAAUUGUCACUUUAGAAGAUGUGAGAGAGAUCAUCAAAUCUGAAAUUCUGGAUGAAACAGAUCUAUACACUGAUAACAAGACGAAAAAGAAGGUAGCUCAUCGGGACAGGAAGCAGGACUUCUCUGCCUUCAAGCAGACAGACAGCGAGAUGAAGGUUAAAAUAUCACCGCAGCUCCUCCUGGCAAUGCACCGGUUCCUGGCAACAGAAGUAGAAGCCUUUGGUCCAUCCCAGAUGUCAGAGAAGAUCCUUCUCAGGCUGCUAAAACAUCCCAACGUCAUCCAGGAGCUGAAAUAUGACGAGAAGAACAAGAGAGCCCCAGAACACUACCUCUACCAGCGAAACAAGCCCGUCGACUACUUUGUUCUCAUUUUACAGGGGAAAGUGGAAGUGGAGGCUGGGAAAGAGGGGAUGAAGUUUGAAGCUGGUGCUUUUUCCUACUAUGGGGUGAUGGCCCUCACAGCGUCGCCAGUUCCCUUGUCCCUGUCUCGUACCUUUGUUGUCAGCAGAACAGAGUUGUUAGCGGCAGGUUCUCCAGCCGAAAACAAGUCUCCGCCUCGGCCCUGCGGCUUGAAUCACUCAGACUCUUUAAACCGAAGUGAUCGCAUCGAUGCAGUGACACCAACGUUAGGGAGCAGCAACAACCAGCUGAACGCGUCUUUCCUCCAAGUGUAUGUUCCGGACUACUCAGUGAAAGCGCUCACAGAUAUUCAGUUUGUCAAGAUCUCAAGACAGCAGUACCAAAAUGCCCUGAUGGCAUCCCGGAUGGACAAAACACCUCAGUCCUCGGACAGUGAAAACACUAAAAUCGAACUGACUCUUACGGAGCUGCAUGACGGUUUGCCGGACGAGACAGCAAACCUGCUGAACGAACAGAACUGUGUGACUCACAACAAGCCCAACCACAGUAUGCACAGUGAAGGAGCCAUCUAGGAGCUGACUCCCCACAACCCACCCAUCCCAUCUCCUCAGCAGGACCAGCCCUCGCUCCUUCCUGCCUCCUCCCCGAGUGUGAACACCGUUAGUAUGUGCUUGCAACACUGUGCUGCAUCCAGUGUUCUGAGACCAAAGACUUUUUGUGUCCGUUCUGGGAGCAGAAGAGGAAGAAACAGGAAGAAAGGAGCAAAGAGCAAGAGAGACUAAAGCCCCAAGCGUACUUUGGGAAUGGUGAGCCACCCUUGAGAACGAUGAAAAUACUUCUUGCAAAGUAGAAUCAUGUUUAUUUUUUAUCUGUAUUUUUGAUCCUUGUUGGGUUUUUCCUCCGCAAACACAUACGGAGAAGUUUAAAAGCUCCUCCAGUUAUUUUUUCAAGAGAGAUCAUGUUUUUAAAAAGUAUUUUGCAGAGUUUUAAAUUGUUUCUGUCCCUCCCGAACCUCAAGUGGGCUCUGUCGUGGUUUUAUUAAUUGGCUCCAAUGUCCUUAGGCCUCUUUUCACCCCUCUUGGGUCCUUUUUGUUGCCCUGUUGAAGAAGUUAGUAACUGGUACUUGUAUGUUAUUUGUGUCCUAAGAAUGAGCAAGCUUCAAGGAACCUCUGGUUUCAGCCACCUGGAGGGCCAAGGGAUGAGCAUUAUUACAUUCUUCCAGUUAAGUUUCAGGGAAGCAGUUGUUACUUUGGUAUUUACCGAUCGAUCAAAUUUCAGAAGGUUUCUUUGUAAAAGAGGCAAAAGCAUUUUUACGCUUACAGUUUUGUAACCUCCAAAAACUUUGUGUAUGUUGAAGAUGAUGCUGGUGGGGGGGAAGGAGUUAAUCAGCAAAACUGCAGUCUCGUGAAAUGAAAGCCGGGUGUAAUUUUCCCUAGUGAAGUAACUGGGUGAUUUUUCAUCGAUGCUCCUGACAAUUCCACGGCAAAGUAAUGGGCGCACCCCAAAGUGACGAGCUUUUAAGCACUCGUGUGCUGUAGGGGUCUGCGCACCGUCGGCUCGGCCAGAGCAGACGUGCAGUCUUUGCUAAAUAACAGCAAACAUCAGUCCCUGUCCCCACCUCAGUCUCUAGUAUUAACACAAAAGAUGCUGCUACAAUUACGCCCAAAGUACAUCCUCCAGGUGACAGUAAACCUCUGCCAGUGCAAGGAUGGGCUCUGCUGAGGAGUCGGGACCAUCCUCUCCACUCCAAGAACUGACAAAACUUUCCGGACGCGAGUGUAUUGCACUUCAGGGAUUCGGAGAGGUUCCUUUCCAGGCUGUUCCCAGCCACAUUCCUUCCUUUGAGUGGAUUUAGUGCAUUUCCUUCUCUCUUGCCCCUUUUAACAGCCGUUUUAGGGAUUACCAUGGUAGCAGAGCAGAGAGCCUCCCACCCAGCUGCUGCUAGUGCAGAGCACCCUGUGGUGGGCAGCAGAAACCAAUUCCUCCACCCCAAAAUCCUGAAUGCAGACUGGGUGCGAGCAAGAGGCAUCCCGUGGCAGUUGUGCAUCACACAUUCCCGACUCCCACAGAUGGAGUUUUAAGUCCUCAAAUGAAAAAAAUUCGAGGAUCCGCUCCCCUUCCAGUGCUGUCUCAAACAAAAUGUGAAUGUUGCCUUCAUUAUCUGGAGAGAUUAAUAAAUCAUUGCGGUUUCUCUGUUUCGAGACCCUUCCAUGGCCCCUGGCUAUGUAGCAUUUCCCUUCCUUUCUUUACACCUGGAUAAUCUCAUCUGCAAAGAGCCCCCAGCCCCCCAUGCACCUGCCAGAGCUCUCUGUGCCUGCGCGCCCGCCCCGUCUCUCCUGCUCCCGGGCUGGGGAAGGCGCUUGCUGCAAGUUCCCAGGGUCCAUCUCUGCGAAUGGUGGCUGGAAAGGUGCAAUAUUUUGCUGCAGGAUCUCCCCGCAGGAAAUUGGAGCGCGUGGUGUCAGAACCUGUUGGGUCUGCGUGUGUCUCUCCUCCUCUCUCUUUUGGCUUCGGAAAGCAGCCCUAAUUUUUGCUGUCCUUCCCGACGGGAAAGGUGCACUUCUUCCUUGGAGCCACCCGUGAGGAUGAAGUCCCCACAAGGGGGCAUAGAAAUUGCACAGUUUCCAACUUGUGCAGCCGGUGAGGAGGAAACGGGGCUCCCAGAACCUUACUCUCACAUUUAGCUUUUUAUUAACUUUUUUUGAGUCCCAUUAAAAGCAUUUCCUUAGUCUCCAUCCUUGCUCUGAUGCACACCAGCCCGCCGCUCCUGAGAGCACACGGCUCAGCAUCAGCACGGGCUGACCUAAACCCUUGUUAUGGUUUGAGAAACCCACAACAAUUUAUUGUCAUUUAGACAAUUAUUCUCUCGCCCGAUGACCUGUCCCCACCUGGCAAGGGGAAUCAGGGAUAAACGAGGAAACACAAGGUUGAAAUAUAAGCAGAUUUAAUAGGAUAAGACUAAACAAUUAACACUAAUGAUACUAAAGAACCAGUAUGGAUCCUGAUACCAAUGUAAAAUAUACAAGGAUUGUACUGAGCCCAUUCCAUCAGCAGGAAGCCGUGCGCUCCCAGCAGGGGACAGCAAACGUGGGACACGGCGAGCGCUGCGGCUUCGGGAGGAAGGGAAGGGCUCAGGGGUCUGGCACCGGGGCAAGGAGUUCUCAGGAUCACAGCCAUCAAGGGAGAGAGAGCAAGAGAGAACACUACGUAGCAAACUUUCUAAUUUAUAUUGAACGUCACAUUCAUGGUAUCAAAUAAUCCUGUUGGCCAGCUUGGGUCAAGUGCCCGGGUCUCGCUCCUCCUCACCUCUGCACCUGUAAGGCUCAGAAACACUGAGACCUUGAAUCUCUCAUAGCAUAGCUGGCUAGAAAGUAAAUAUUUUCACAAAUUCAGACACUAGAAUCUUCUAAAAGUGCAGUUUUUCCAAGCAUGAGAAGAAAAAUUCAUCCUGUGUCGCUCAAACCAGGACAACCCUGCUUGUUCCCGGAGAGCUGCCAAUAUUGCACCUUUCUCGCAAAGCAAAAUGUUGCGAUGUUACAGCGUUUGUCGUCGGCGAGGGACUCACCUCGCCAGUUUUUAUCUAGCGUUGCUGAAUGUAAAAGUUUGUUGGAAGUGUUUGACGCAGUGGUGAACUUGAGAUGCAGUAUCCGUUUCGUCAAACCUGCCGAAGGAGGGAAGGCUCAAGUCAAGGCAGCUCUCUCUGGGACGAGGUUGCUCGCUGGAUCUGACUUCUGCUUCUUACGGCAGGUUAUGGAGUUGUUUCAGUGUCUGUUUCCCUUAAAAAAAAAAAAAAAAAAAAGCCAAUUUUUCCAACCAAAGCCAUGUGAUCCCAAAGCAAAUACCUCCUGCUUCUGCCCAUGCUGCACUGUUCCAAAAUUUGCAGGCAAUUUUUUGCAUGACUGUUUUUCAUCAUUUGUACAGAUCCAAUAAUGGAAAGUGAAAUAAUUUCCAUAAAAAUAGUUGAUUAUAGAUGUGUUUCAUGUGGAAAAUAUGUACCUGACCCAGAGGGGUUAGGAGCUGCUACUACUAAUUAGCUUGAAGAGCAAAGCAUGGUCCUCUCCCCGGAGGGGAAAAAAUCCAGUCUCCCUGUUCUCAGGGUAUUUACAGUUUUACUGUUUAACAAAUGCAAGGGGUUCCCAGCCCUCCUGGUGGGAACCAUCGCGAGCAGAGGAGCCCGGUGCCCACCUCGGGGUCCCUUCUGAGCCUCCGGAUGGCGAUUGCCGGCGCCGGGGCUUGGCUCUCCCGACUGCCAUGGAGAUGCCGCGGUGUCUGAGUCUGUGCCCUUGCGGGGGGUGUCCUGCCAGAGCAGCUCUGCUUCCUCUGCCUCGCUGGCUGCCCGCCUGCACUCAGGUGGGCUCAGGUGCCAGGUGCCGUGCCAUGGUGGCCUAAGGACACGUGGCACGGCUGCUGGUCAUCGCCAUGGCGCAGGGCACCAGCUGGUGGCUUUGGGAAUCGUUGGACUUGACCUCAGACCUCGGCAAGGCUUUGGCUCGUAGACAGGAUACUGCAUCUUCCUUUGUCAACUCCUGCUGCCACCUUUGUUCCCCUGGUCCGUCUGCCCCCGGGUGCAGGCAGAGGGGCGGACGAUGGCCUGUUGGCCAGGGGAGGCGGGGGGGCACCUAGCCAUGGUUUCUACUGUCAAUACAAUUUUGCACAAGAGUUCUUUGAAGUGAGGUUUUCAACACUAAUAUCUUAAAUGCACAACUGUGAAUUAUAACUUUUACACUCCUGUUGGUUGAAUUUCCUUUAAAUGAAAUGAACCUGAAUCUGUUGUAACUAUGAUUUAUUAUUUUUUUUUUUAAUUCUGUGUAUUGCCAAAUCUUUGUAAAGAGUGAAGGAAUGUUCUUGCUUUCCAAUGAGAAUCUUUCUCCAAACGAGACUGACUCUGGUGACAUGGAGAUCAUACGAAGCACGCUAGUUGUGAGUGGAGAGGGGCUCAGGGUGGGCUUAGCAAACCAACCUUGGCCUCUCUGUAGACCCCAAGCUCAGACCCUCCAGAGUUUACAAAGCGCUGCUUGUUUCACUCCCAGCUUGUCCGCUCCCUGAAAUCCCUGUGCAGCUGAAGGCCGCUGUCCCGGAGGACCUCAGGACGGAGUGUCCCGCAGAGGGAUGAGGGAUGCUGGCAGGGUGUCCGGGCUGGCUGGGAGCAGGGGUCCCGAGGCUGGUGUGGCAGGACAAGGUGCUUCCCCCAUCCAGUUGCGCCAGCAGAGCGAGCUCCACGGCGCAGGUUCUUCCACCGCUCUCCGCUUCUGCUCCCAACCUGUAGCCGUGUGUAGUUCCCUCUCACGCUCCUCUUGCCCCCACGCACGCUCCUGCUCAGGACUGAGCAGGGAUGGGAUGGUGCCGAGACCUGUGCGGGGCAGCUGGAGCUGGUGGCUCAAGGUUUGCAGUUCUUGGGCCCCGUUGGAAGAGGGGUCAGCCACUCAUUCGCGAUGUGCUCGCUGUUCUGUUCCUCCUCCUUCUCCCGGACUUACUCUCCUUUUCCUCAUCGCAGGGUUAUUUUAUUUUUUUUUUCUUCUUUUCUUUAAGUGCCUUUUUGUGCAGGUGGAGCUGGCAAGAGUAGGAGUCUCAGGAUAUGGCCCUUUGCACUCACCUCAGACCUGGAGAAAGCUCAGGGAGAGCAGGGCAAGUUGCCUGUGGUGGCCCAUGGACAUCACCCAUUGCUGCUUCUCAGCCUUCGGGGCCCAGCUCAGAUGAGGAUGAGAUUUUGGCACUGGUGGUGUCAAGCUCUGGCUCAAAUCAGCUCAAAGAAAACCAAAGAGGUAGUAGCUUUGUGCGAGGGGCUGCUUGGGCAGCGGCGGUGCUUCCUGUGAUCUCCGCAGAGCUCAGCGGAGGGGCGGGGGGGUGUGGAUGGCAAAGAGCAGCGCUGUCUCCUCACGAGCAUCCCGUGUAAGUAUUCUACGUGAUGGAGAACACAGCGCGUUCUCCAGGGCCCCUUGGAACGUACAUCUUCCUUGUGCUGAAAUUACACUAUCUACAGAAAUCAUUCCCAUGCGAAAGAUGUACCCUGUUUUAUAUGAUACCUAAUACACACGUCUGUGGUUUUAAAACUAGUACCUGUGUACCAGUUAUCAAGUUAUCCAGUGUCUGGAUUACCAGUAGAAAACUGGGGCUGGGGGGCGGGGAAGGAUGCUGCAGAGAGCACCUCUUGUUGUGAUGCUGACUUGAGGCUUCAUCCCAAAGGCGUCCGACCAGCGUUGAGGGGUUCCUGCCUUCGCGCUGGGCGCUGCCGCGUGCGAAGCUGCCACAAAGCAGAAAACCGGCGUGUGCUGAAAGGCUCGGUGUGACCCAGACCCGGGCUUGCUGCCCGCCCGCUGCCCGGCUCUGCGCCGGGGCUCUACAUAGACCCAAAGAAGUACCUGGUACUGAGGGUUGGUUUGGCCCAACAGUGAAACGACGAGCUUAACUAACACCAUUGAAAGCUGGGCAUCUUUUCAUGGCACGGAGGAGGGAGCAGCCUUCAUCCUGACCUGACCAGCAGAGAGGACGAGCUCUACACUACAAGCUGGGCUGGGACGCCGCCCUCAUCCCUGCUCUGUUGUUACACUUGGUCCAUCGGUUGCAGGUCUCUUGUCGGUGCGAUCUCUGUGGUGGUACUGGCCUCAUGUGUCGGGAGCGCAGGGGACCUGGGGCCAUCCACAGCUUCCCACAGAGCCCCCCAGACAGUCCCGCUCGGUGUCUUGCGCUUGUCCUGGAGCCUGGCUUCACGCUGGGUUACGUUCCUCCAUGGUUUGUUUCGUGGCCGGGCCCUUGAGGCCGGGCCCAGGCGAGGGGACACUUGCUGCGAGUCCAAGGCGGUACGAUUGAGCUUUUUGGUCUGUUUGUGCAUAUUUGCUGUUUUGUUAGAUCCUAGGGAGGCCAGAGCAUUCCCUAGGAGAAAGGCUGGGAUGCCAGGUUAUCCCAGAGCCCUUCCCUGAGCUGCAGGGAUAGGAAGGGGGUGCUGGAAAGCUGCCCCCAGCCCGUGGCACGGUACAGGUGGCGGAGGGAGGUGUUUCACAGCUCGGUGGUACUAAAUUCAGUCAAAGUGACAACCUUGUUGUUCUCGUUAUCCCGAGGUCAAGCUCUAGAGCGUUCUGCACCUUGGAAAUAUGGUACUCAAAGCUGCUGGUCUUCUGUCUCCAGCUGAAAAACAUCUUUCCGCCCUCUCCUGAGGUUUCUCCUUUGGGCCCUGUUUAAGCAGGGCUGAUCACUGGGAUCCUGCAGAGGACGGUGCCCUGGCUGCUCUCGCCCCUCCAGCGCGGAUUUCUUGCUAACAAAGUGCUUGAUGUUCAAUCCUCCCCCAGCAGGAGAGGUUUGGUCGUUCUCAGCAGAAGCUGCCUGUCACAGAGCCGGCCUUGAGGGUUGUCCGCUCUCCUGAGCCAAACAUGCGCCCGGAGCAUGCAAAGGCCGAAGGCGGCUCCGAUGCUCCGGAGGUGGAUUUGAUGUCUCUGUUGUCUUCUCCUCCGGGAAGCAGCGCGGCAGCUGGUUGGUAGCAGGGUUUGUCAGGAAGGAAGGGCUUGUCCCAGCAUUUAGUGCUUGGCGGAGCAGUGCAGCAUCCCAUUUCAGCUGUUCGGAGACGGCAGAGCUUUAUAAAAGGAGGUGGGGUUUUUUGGCCUCUGGGCAUCACUGUUGUACUAAAUCCUUCCAAAUUCAAGUGACAAACGUGUAGGUUCCAGAUGAGUAGCCUGGAUCAUAGACCUUUAGUCGGAAGUGCCAAUAGUGAAUGCUUUCUGGAUUCGCCCAAAGAUCAGUGUGGGAGCAUGGAGGGGACGCCCGGUGAGCUCCUCUGUUCACGUGAGUGACAGACUGGCCGUGCCUCGAUCGGCUCUCGCGUCAUCCCUGCUUUCAAGUCUCAGGUCCCAGCAGGCUGGGCCGGGCCGGUUUGGCCGGCGGGUUUUUCCCCAGGGUACGUGCUCUGUCCUUCUGCAUCAUCGCGCUGGUUUGGAUUCAGCAGCGUGGGUUUCUGUGGCUGCGGCUCUUGCAUCGGCCGUGGCUGUUCCGCUGCUCUUCGGGCCGUGGUUUGGUGCGUGUUCAGGAAGGCGAGAAGGAGUUGCAGCAGUCGGGACCGGGCGAUGCUGCGGCUGUCCUGUCUUCAUUCCUCACGCUAAGGGUAGGAGAUGCUGCUCAAGGACUUGCUUCCCUCUAUCUUCCUUGCAGACCACGUGAAAUUUGGAGAGGGGAAACCCACCAGGACCCCAGCACUAGUGCUCCGGUCCCGUUUGAUCCAUGUUCUCCCGACGCAAGGGUGGUUUACAAGCAGUUCAGGGUCAGGCCCUGCUGAGGGACCUCAGAGCUCUUGGCGUGUGCUUUCUCCAGCACACGCGGCUGCAGAGCCACCUCGGUACCUGAAUCACGGGGUAGAUGCCCAGAUGCCAAACACAUUGAAUUGGAAAACCGAAGUACUUGAGAAGCGGUUCCUGGAAGCCGUGAGCAGCUGGUGCUCGGCAGCCGGAGGUCUCACACCAAACCUUUCUCCUGCGGUCGGGUCCUUCCUGGCUGCCCCGAGCCCCCUCCCGGCCACUGCUGGCCCGGGCUCGGUCCCACUGGCUCAGCAUCGCCGGGGCUCUCCCUCCGCAGGGCAUUUUGGUGGCAAUCUGAACCCGCUGAGCCACCUCCAGCAGCUCUUCCCCGUGUCUUAUUUGCCAUCGUACGUGGUCUUUGCGAAUUGUAUCAUAUUGUACAUGACUUCGGGUUUCCAGAGUUGUAGUAUUCUGACUACAGUAUUUCCAUGUGUGUACAUAAACCUGAAUAAGCACAACUGAAAUCCUGAAUGAAGUGUAUACGUUUCAUAUACUGAUUGUCAUAUGAAUGAAUUUUAUAAUUAUUCCAAUUUUGUUGUAGAUUUCCAAUCUUUCCUAUUUAUUUUGUACCAGAUUUAUUUGUAUAUUUUGUGAUUUUGUUUAAAAGCAUUUUGUUUAUUUCUAUUCUUUUUAGAUAAAUGAUGAUUUUUUUUCUGUUGAACAUUCCAGUUUAUGCAUUUUUCCCUCCUCCAUGCUCCCCUCUCAUUUCCAAGGGACGGAUUUUUGGCAUGCGGGUGGUGGGGCUGAUGCCGGUGGUCCGGGACCCAGGUCCCUGCUGUUGGCACAUCAGUGGUCUUCAAUCUCCUCUUUAGCUGUCAAGAGCUGCGGAGAGGCCGGAUCCUGUUCCCCUUAGAGCCAGGUCUUGCUCUUCGCUUUGGUGGGUCUGGGCCCGUAAGUCCUGGAGCCGGGGAGGGCUGUGCCGGUGGUUUUGCUGACCAGGAGCGGGGAAGCUGGUGGCAACAGCAAGCAGCCGAAUUUCGCUUUCUGAAGUUCCCUCAAGGGCGAGGGCCUUUUCCUUCCACUAAUAAAAACCCCUUAUUUACACUUUCCGUAUAUCAUGUUUGUUUGUCCGGAAGCGUAGAUGCCAUCUGUCUGUCCAUCCGUAGUGUGUUCCUGCCAGGCGGUGUGUGACUGGGGGUCACCAACGAGGGAUGUGGCGAUGGUGGCUCUGUUGGAUGGCAGUUGCUGGAGGAGCAAGGCUGUGCAUCCCCCUGCAUUAUGAGGUGCCGCUGCCUGCUCCCCUGGACUUGGGACUUUGGCAGAGGAGGAGUUGUGCAGAGCCUGCAGUGGCAGGGACCUGUUUCUGAGCAGGAGAAUGAGCCUGUGCUUCGUCCCCUGCGCAGCAUCAUGUCCAGCUCCAUGCCAGCGGAGAAAUGGCCGACUCUUUCCUGCGUGCCAGAUAC